AUGUCUUCCCGAAACGAUUACUUAGCCAAAAAAUAUGGGACAACCUCAAAAAAUACGAAAAAGACAAAGAAAUCCGGUAAAUCUACUACGAAUUACGCUAUAAUUGACGAAGAUGAGUUUGUGGGUAAAUGGAAAAAUGUUAGUUCUGACGGUGACAAUGACAACGACGAUGCCGCACCCGCAGUUGAUUAUUCUGAAUUAGACAACGAAGAGAAAUCUAAAAGAUGGAGGCCGAUUGGUGCUGAUGAGGACGAGGAACCACAAAUUGUACAAGAUUUAACUGAUUCCUUAGACAAGGCUCCAGUAGAAGAUCACAGUCCAAAGCGGAAGAAACGUCGAACUCAUUCUUCAGAUAAACGUAUGGCGUCUGGGUUAAAUGUUGGCUUGCAGACAGCUGAUGAAGUGAAAAAAGACUUGGAACGCAUCGAAAAAGAAACUAAAGACAGAUUAAACAUGGAUCCUUCACGAUCUGGACGUGAUGCGGAGACUGUAUAUCGUGAUAAACACGGAAAAAAAAUUGAUAUUGCUGCACAAAGAGCUGAAGAGCGUCGCAGAAUUGAGGAAGAAGAAAAGUAUAUGAAAUGGGGAACAGAAGAGCAAAUUAGUAAAGAGGAGGAAAUGCGGAACAAACCGUUAGCAAUAUAUAAAGAUAAUAAGGAAUUAAACGAGGAACUAAAAUCAAAAGAACGUUGGAAUGAUCCAGCUGCAUUAUUUUUAUCUAAAAAAAGUAAAAAAAAAGAACCAAGUCGCCCUAAGUAUCAAGGUCCACCUCCACCCCCUAAUCGGUUUAAUAUACCACCAGGUUAUAGGUGGGAUGGCAUAGAUCGUUCUAAUGGAUUCGAAAGAGCGUACUUUGAGAAGCGUAACGCGAGGUCUGCAAUGACUAGUGAAGCUUAUAGCUGGUCAGUUGAAGACAU